UAGAGCAGUGGGACAGACAUCAAUAACGAUUGAUAUUUGACACUAAUUAUCUGUAAGGCAUAAUUAAGGCUUGACUCUUCAUCUGGAUGAGUGUGAUUUUCACACUGAAUCAUUAAAUUCGAAAGGGGUUUCCAGAGUUCAACAAAAUUCGAAACACCAUGAAUAUUAACAGGAAUAUGAAACACAAAGCAACAGAAAUGGAUUUAGAAGAAGAUUCUUCAAAGUUAUUUUGCCCUCAAUCACUUCCCUUCACAAACUGCCACUGAGGUUUACUAUCCGCCUAAUGGUAAGCGCAAGUUUCAAGGAACAAAUACACGGAAGAAUUCUAUCUCUGAUGACUCUGUAAAAAGUUUAGAUCCCUUCACUGGUAAACCAUUGAUUCCCCCUAGAAGAAAAGAAGAAGAAAACAAGAGAUUUGGAAGCUAGGUGGUUAUGGCUUUGGCGUCCAAAAAAUUAGUAUUCCAUUCUUCCUCAUCAUCAUCUGCUUCUGAGGGCUCCCAAAAAAUUAAUAUAAUGGAUGAAGAUGUUGCUAUUUCUGAAGAACAAAAACACUUAGAAGAAGCAUUGGUGAAAACACAAGAACAGGAAGAUGAUUCUACCUGUGUUCCCAUUUCAAAAGCUCAAGAAAUUGCACUGUUUGAUGAGAAUCAGACCACCACAGAAGCUGGAGAAAAAGAGGGCCAUGAACCAGCGUUGGACAAAUUAACGGCCUUGCGAAUUCACAAUCAAGCGGACCAACAAAAACAAUCACGUGCUGUAUUAGAGAAGACUCAAGAACAAGGUGAUUACAUCUGUGAUCCCAAUUCUAAAAUUAAAGAAGCGUUAGCGGGCGAGAAUCAGACCACAGAAGCUGGACAAAAAGAGGGCGAACAAGCCUCCAGCUCUGAUUUUGAUUUUCAAAACCUCCAAAAAAACGAAGUCAUAACGGUUGUUGAAUCCUUGAACCCCACAGAAAAUCCUCUUGAGACUGACAUUCAAGAAACUAAUAGGAAGAAACCCCUAGUUUCAUUUAGCCAGAUUUUCACGGACAAAGAUGUCAUUGUUUUGCUUCAAGGUAUGAUCGACUUCAAGUGUAUGCAUGGGGAUAAAAACAUGACUGAUUUUUACUUUUUCAUCAAGGACAAACUUGACACUGAGUUUACAAAGAUUCAGAUCACUGAAAAACUUCGAAGGCUCAGGAAAAAGUUUGUAGGAAACUUCAAGAAAACUACAGAGAAUAGGGCCCCCGGGGAUUUCUCUAAUCGUCACGACUCAAUUGUUUUUGAGCUUUCCAAUAAACUUUGGGGAAAUGAUGGGUGUGAUAAAAAGCCAAUCAUAGAAAUCAGUGAGAAAACAAGAAAGCGGAGAAGAGUGGAGUUUGGGUCCAAAAAAGAAGAUAAAAAGAAGAAAGGCACUGUUGAGGAUGAAGUCGAUAUCAAUAUGGAGUUAAAGUAUCCUUUAAUACAUCCGUCAUUCAAUCAAAAUAUUGGAUUCAUUGCACCAGAUAUGGUCAAGAAGAACUGCACCUUGAAGGGGAGUAGCAAUUCAGGAAACAUUGAGGCAAAAUGGGAAAAACUUAUGAUAAAGGAGGUUGAGCUCUACUAUAAGAAGUUAGAUUUGAUGAAGGAGAUGAUUGGGGAUGUUCUGCAAUCUCUAAAAGAUUAG